UGAACUGGCUACUUUAUGACCACAAGCCCAGGUGGGUCAUUUCUCACACACAUUGAGUAUUAAGUGAUUUCUCGUAUUCAGGAUUUUAUGGGCGCUAUAAGGAUGUUUAAAGGCCUGACUUUCGGUAUAUAAGCUGUCCUGUUUUGGGACUGUGUCAUCGUCAAGGGGAAGGUGAAACAUGGAGAUUGCUACCACUCUUAUUGUUCUUUGCUCUGUGAUAGUCUCUCAUGGAGCUCAAGGUCAGUGGGACAUAUGGACCACAGCAGGCACCAGUGCCUCAUGUGGUGGCUACCUGACUGCAUCAAAGGGCCAAUUCAACAGCCCCAACUACCCCAGCAACUACCCCAACAAUGCCUACUGUACAUGGAACAUUCAGACCACACCGGACAGCCAAAUCGUUCAGCUGGAAUUCCCCUAUGUCAAUCUUGAGGGUGACUUCAACUGUAGGUAUGAUUCCAUCUCCGUGUACGAUGGCUAUUCCACCUACAACCGACUCCUGGGAAAGCUGUGUGGAGGACAAAGCUCAACCUUUUACUCCACCGGAAGUUCAAUAACGGUGCAAUUCACAAGUGACAGCUCCUCAACGUACAAGGGGUUUCAAGCAGAGUAUCGUGUAGUAGCUGGAGGUUCUUGUAGACACAACUGUGGCUAUCAGGUCGGCAACUGCUCCUGCUCAUAUUCCUGUGAAUACAGGGGCAACUGUUGCCAGGACUAUCAACAGAUCUGCUAUGACACAACCACAACCACAGAACCCGGCACCACAGAUGCAGGACAAACAACCGGAGCUCAGCCUUCCUGUAGGUACAACUGUGGUUAUAAUCUUGGAAGCUGUUCCUGCUCCAGCUCCUGUCAAUACUAUGGCAACUGUUGCUAUGACUACAAUGAGAUUUGCUAUGGCACAACCACAGACUCCUUCUCCGCAGCUGCAGAUCCAGCUCCUGCAACAACCGGGGGUUGGGGUUCCUGUAGAUACAGCUGUGGCUCUUAUACCGGUGGUUGCUCCUGCACCUCAUCCUGUCGAUUCUAUGGCAAUUGCUGUCAUGACUACAAUGAUUAUUGCCAGAGCACAACAUACGAACCUGUUACGACCCAAGAGGCUUCCUGUAGGUACAACUGUGGUUUCAAUCUUGGAAGGUGUUCCUGCUCCAGCUCCUGUCAAUACUAUGGCAACUGUUGCUAUGACUACAACACGUACUGCCCCACCACCCCACCAGAAACAACAGUCUCAGGGACUCACCCCACCUGUGGAGGAAACCUGCAUGGCUCUGGGUCCAUCUCCAGUCCAUACUAUCCAGAAUAUUACCAUGACAACGCCUACUGUGUCUGGUUUCUAUCGGCCCCCUCUGGCCAAAGGAUCUUCCUGUCAUUUACUGACCUGGAGUUGGAGAACUGCUGCUCUUGUGAUUACAUCUCUGUGUACGAUGGAUCGUCUGUGCACUCUCAAAUGCUAGGCACAAUCUGUGACUUCAACAACUCCUCUUUGGCUGCCUACCACUCCACCUCUAACUACAUGACAGUUCUCUUCCGCUCUGACCAAUCAGUGGUCAGCAGGGGCUUCAGGGCCAUGUUCAGCAGCUCCCUCGCAUCAAACCAAGGUCGAGUGGACUGCUCCUCAGACAACAUGAACAUAGUGAUCCAGAGAUCCUACCUGAUCUCAUUGGGCUACGAUGGUAACAUUCUGUACCUGAACGACCAGCACUGUAGACCUCAGGUCAACAGCUACCAGGUGGUAUUCAGCUUCCCAAUCAACACCUGUGGGACCCAGCGAAUGUUUGAGAAUGGGAGAGUCAAGUACAUCAACGCCGUCCGUGCCUACCGGUCCGACUCAGGCGAGAUUACGCGGCAGUCUCAUUUUCUGCUGCACGUGGAGUGUCGCAUGGAGCAGGACACCAUGGUCCAGGUUAUGUACGAGACCGACGACGAGGGUAACGGUACCAUAACAGGCACAGGCAGAUUCAACAGCACCAUGGCCUUCUUUACAAACAGCAACUUCUACAGCGAGAUAACCCAGACUCCAUACAAGAUUACCCUCAACCAGAACAUGUACGUCCAAGUCCGCCUGAGGAGGUCAGACAGCAGUCUACAUCUGUUCCUGGACACCUGUGUGGCCUCUCCCUCGCCUCAUGACUUUCAAACCAGAUCAUACGACCUGGUGCGCAACGGAUGUAGGAGGGACCCCACCUACUACUCCUACACCUCUGGUACCAGUAGCUAUGCCCGCUUCACCUUCCAGGCUUUCAAGUUCCUGCGAGCCCAUGAGUCAGUGUACCUGCAGUGUAAAGUCACCAUCUGCCAAGCUUCUGACUACAACUCCCGCUGCCGCCGAGGCUGCCGCACCCGCAAGGCCAGGGACCUGGGGUCCUCCCAGGAGAGCCACACCCUGAUCCUGGGCCCCAUCCAGCUCAAAGAUCUGGAGAAGCCAGAUGAGAAAGUGGCUGAGAAGGAGGAGAUCCAGGCUAAGGUGGAACCUUAAGACUAAGCUGACCAGCCUCAACUAACUACUCUAAUCAUUAAUACUAUAAUUCUGAUUAAUUUCACUUGAGGCAAUGGAGUAGCCAAUAUUCACUGCUACCGUACACUAUAAUCUUGUAUCUCUUUCCUACUUUGGCUAAAUGAUUAAAAGCAUUCUCAACAGACAAUUAUUGGUGUCUGAACAUCUUGUUCCAUGUGCUAGCAUUGAAAUAAAUCAAAUGUGUGAA